UGAAGCCACUGAAGUGACACCAGGCAGUGCGCAAGAGAGUUUAUAGAGUACUCCUGUCAAUAAGCUGCUUCCAGAUUCUCCAUCUCUUCGUUAUGAGUAACAUGACGCCUGCCAAGUCCUCACUGGUCCUUGUUCUAUAUACUGGAGGAACAGUUGGAAUGAAAAAGCUCUCUGAAAAUGAGCCUUGCAUUCUACACUUGGACUUAUUCAUUGAAGAGUUGAAAAGGCAUCCAUUGCUUCAUGAUGCUGCUUUCACUGCGCCUCAAGCAAGAAAAGUGGGUGUAACAGAGAGAUUGGCCAUGCCUGUACAUGAUCAGGAUAACAGCAAAAUAUUGUAUGAUAUCAAGAAGGCUGGUACUGUACGGGAAUCAAAAGAUACUUGCACAAAGGACUGGAUUGACAUGGCCACAGAGAUUGCCAAUAACUAUGAUGACUAUGAUGGGUUUGUGAUCUUACAUGGGACUGAUACUAUGGCUUAUACUGCAUCAGCACUGUCUUUCAUGCUUGAGAAUCUUGGGAAACCUGUGGUCCUCACUGGAGCACAGACCCCAAUUUAUGAGGAAGAGACAGAUGCAAAAGAUAACCUGGGUGGUGCACUGUUGUUUGCUGGGCACUAUGCAGUUUCAGAGGUGACAAUUUUCUUUAAUGGAAAGCUGUUUAGAGGAAAUAAAUCAACCAAAGUAAAUGCAAAGAGUUUUUCUGUUUUUGACUCACCAAGCUAUCCUCCUCUGGCAAAACUAAGCAAUAAUGGAGGCAUUGAAUGGAAUUAUUCUGGUGAUCCAAGGCAUAAAGGAUGUUUCACACUCCACACAAAGAUGAGCCAAAACAUAGCAUUACUUCCUAUGUUCCCUGGUAUCCCAAUACAAAUGAUAAAAGGGUGUUUAGAGCCUCCAAUUGAGGGUGUUGUCCUGGUAACAUAUGGAAGUGGCAAUAUACCAGACUCGAGAACUGAUCUUACUGAGGCGGUCAAAGAAGCGACGGACAAGGGUGUGGUCAUUGUCACCUGUUGUCCUUGUCGUGGAGGGCCACAUGAUGUUUCUAGCGAGUUUGUGGAAAAGGGCCUUGUUGAGUUAGGAGUAGUCCUCGGGGGAGACAUGACGGUCGAAUGCGCGCUAACCAAGGUCGCGUUUGUUAUGGGACUAGAGGAACUCACGUUAGAAGAGAGGAAAUCGCUCAUGAGAGCAAAUCUACGGCGUGAGAUUUCACCUUUUUAACGCUGGGUGAAGUGGUUCCGGCCAGUACAAGUUCUGGGCCUUUACAGACACGAAUUUUUUUAAUAACAAAAAUAUGCGUAAAAAAUGUUUGUUUCCCUCUCCUCCUGCUAU